CGCAGAUUGACGGCUUUGGCGGGCGGGCAGCUUUUUACAUUAAACCUGCAUAAUUUGCACAAUCUGUCUGUCACCGACGUCACUGGGGCUUUUUCCACGGCUUUCGCCAAACCCAUCUCCAUAUACCCCGGGGCCGCCGUACACGAUUCCAAACACACAACGUAUAUACAGCACUCGUCGUCCGAACUCGACAUUGUCCUGGAACUAGCACACCUCAUCGUGAACAACGGCAUAUCCAACGACUCCCGCUGCGAAGCGAGAACCUCCGCCCGUCAUGACGACCUACAUCCCGCACCUCACCCUGCCGGCCGCGCUCUUCCACAACGCCGCCGCCUCCAUCCUCCUCCCCAUCGUCGCCGGCUCCGCGGUCGGCUACGCCACCAGCCCGAAGAAGACCCAGAAGACCUACAUGGAGCUGCGACAGCCGCCGCUGCGCCCUCCGCCGUGGCUCUUCGGCCCGGUGUGGACGGCCCUCUACGGCACCAUGGGCUGGGCCGCAUACCGGGCCUGGACGACCGGCAUCAACAGCCUGAACCCGGAGACCGUCGCGCUGACCAAGCAGGGCGCGACGCUGUACACGAUCCAGCUGGCGUUGAACCUCAUCUGGAUGCCCAUCUUCUUCCACUUCAAGCGCCCCGUCGAAGCCUCCCUCGACAUCGUCGCCCUCACCGGCACCGUCGGCUACCUCGCCCACGUCUGGAGCAAAGUCGACGAGACCGCCGCCUACGCCCUGGUCCCCUACCUCGCCUGGCUGAGCUUCGCCAACUACCUCUGCAUCGGCACCGGCUACCUGAACAACUGGAACUUCCAGGACAAGGAGGUGCCCAAGGCGGACAAGCCCGCCGGCACGAAAUAUGUGGAUGAGAAGCCUUGAGCGUAGACCGAAGAAGGAGGAGGAGGAGGAGGAGGAG